ACACUCCUCAUAUAUGUUCAGUCGUUUCAGAUUUUCCCAAUCUCCUCCUUCUGUUCGAUUCCACUCCGACCUUACAAACAUGUCGAAGGAUCAUCAAGCAAUCGCAAUCAACGAUGCGGUUCACAAGAUCCAGCUCGCUCUCCUCAACGGCAUCACUUCACAAACCCACCUCUUCUCCGCAAGGGCCCUGAUGUCUCAAUCGGACUACGAAGACGUCGUCACGGAGCGAACCAUCGCCAAGCUCUGCGGCUACCCUCUCUGCCGAUCCCCCCUCCCUUCCGACGAUGUUUCCAGGAGAGGGAAGUACCGCGUCUCCCUGAAGGAGCACAGGGUCUACGAUGUUCGGGAGAGUAGGAAGUUCUGCUCGGGGGAGUGUCUUGUGAGCAGCCGUGCGUUUGGGAAGAGUCUGCAGGAGGUUCGUACCUCGGAGUUUGAUGUGGUGAAGCUUGGUGGGAUUGUUGGUUUGUUUGGUGGUGGUGGUGGUGGUGAUGUGGUGGAAGAGGAGGAGGGUUUGGGGUUGGGGUUGGGGAAGUUGAGUAUUUGUGAGAAGAGUGAUGUGAUGAGAGGUGGGGAGGUGGAUUUGGAGGAGUGGAUGGGUCCUUCUAGUGCUGUUGAAGGUUAUGUUCCUGUUGAUCGAAGCAGUUGCAAAUUUAAAGAUGGCAGUAAGGAGUCCAAGGCUAAGAAUAAACAAAAGAAGCAGGAGGAACCGUCUUUUAACGAGAUGGGUUUUACUAGCACGGUUAUUGUUCCUGAUGAGUGUAGUGUUCCUAGCAAUUACAACUCUAAACAAGAUGCUAAGGCUACUAAGAAUAAACAAAAGAAGCAGGAGGAGCCGCCUUUUAACGAGAUGGGUUUUACUAGCACAGUUAUUGUUCCUGAUGAGUGUAGUGUAAGCAAUUACAACUCCAGACAGGAUUCCAAGGCUAAGAAUGAUCAAAAGAAGCAGGAGGACCCGCCUUUUAACGAGAUGGGUUUCACUAGCGAAGUUAUCAUUCCUGAUGAGUGCAGUGUUUCAAAGGUUCCGCCACAGACCAAACAAACUCCUCCUGUGGUGAAACCUGAGGAUGGCCAAGGGAAAACACCAAAAAAAUCGAGGUUUCGUCGUGAAAAGGAAAAGGAAAAGAUCGAUUUGGCGAGCUUUGGGUUUGAUGCAAUGGGCUGUGCGAGCCCUGUCACUGGGAUUGAUGGAUACAGCGUUGAAUACAGCGUGUCUAAGCAGCCACCAUCUUCAACGGAAGACCCUCUUGAUGGCCAAAUGAAAGAUAGUCUCAAGACUCUGGAUGAGAAAAGUUCCUCUUCUGCGUCUAAAGGGAAGGGGUUUAAGCCUCCACCACGGCGCAAACAAGCUUCUCAUGCAGGUGAAUCAAGCAAAGGGAAAACAGUUGUAACAAUCACGGAGAAGGACAUUCAAAGUUCUCUGGUUGAUGAGAUGGGUGUAAUGAGCGAUGGAUACAGUGUGGAAUAUAAUGUGUCUAAGCAGCCACCAUGUUCAAUGCCGUUGGACAAGAAAAAUGCUCUACUAGGAUCAUCAUCUAGUUCUAAUACAAAAGCCUUGGGAAAGAAAGUUAUUUCUGAUUCUUGUGAGGGACUUAAAGCUCAUCAGGAUAUGUGUUCAUCAAGUGAAACCGUCACUAAGUCAUGCCUUAAAGUCUCUGGCUCCAAGAAGCUAAGCCAUUCAGUUACUUGGGCUGAUCAGAGUGACGUCCGUGGUGAUCUUUGUGAGGUUAGAAGCGAUGAUACAGAGGAUGUGAACAGUGUCUCACGCCUUGCAUUAGCAGAAGCAUGCGCUAAGGCGUUGAGCCAAGCUGCUGAAGCUGUUUCUUCAGGAGAUUUAGAUGCAAGUGAUGCUGCUGCAAAAGCUGGAAUCGUUUUGUUGCCAAGCACACAUCAACUUGAUGAAGAAGUUUCCGAGGAGGAAAUGAGUGAAGAGGAGGAGGAGGAGGAGGAGGAAGCAACUCUUCUGAAGUGGCCAAACAAGCCAGGGACGCCAGAUUCUGAUUUGUUCGACCGUGAUCAAUCUUGGUUCGAUGAAACUCCAGAGGGAUUCAAUCUAACUUUAUCACCUUUUGCUAUGAUGUGGGACUCCCUUUUUGGAUGGGUGUCAUCCUCUUCACUGGCGUAUAUCUAUGGGAAAGAUGAGUCUGCUCAUGAGGAGUUCGUGUCAGUUAACGGGAAGGAGUACCCCAGGAGGAUUAGAUUGGGAGAAGGGCUUUCCUCAGAGAUCAAGGAGACGAUUGCUGGAUGUCUUGCCAGAGCUGUGUCUACAGUUGCCACUGUUCUCAAGCUGCCAGUACCUAUAUCCGAGUUAGAAAAGGGACUAGGAAGCUUGUUGGAGACAAUGUCGUUGACAGGGGCAGUUCCGUCUUUUAGGGUUGAACAAUGGCUAGUGGUUGUACUUCUGUUCCUGGACGCGUUGUCUGUGUGCCGGAUCCCUCGGAUUGCACCUUAUUUAUUGAACAGAAACAAGGUGUUGGAAGGAAGUGGGAUUGGUAAUGAAGAGUAUGAGACAAUGAAGGAGAUUCUGUUACCGCUUGGCCGUGUUCCUCAGUUUGCUACACUAUGCGGGGCUUAGACAAAACCCGGUUUAGAGUUUUACUUGGGGAAUAUAAAAGCAACUUUGAAAAAAUGAAAAAAUCAUUCAAAAGCUGGCUGUUAUUUGGCUGAUGGAUUGUUUAGUUGGAAGAGAAUGUGGUAAAAAAAAAAUAAAAAAAUCAGAAGUCAGGCUUGGGUAUGAGUUUGAUAAAAGCGGGGUGAGAGAUGAUGUGUAUAAAAAUGAAAAACUUUUUAAGUCGUGAUUA